UUGUACCACCAGGGCUCCUUUUCCUAUUUCAUCCUCUCCCUCCAAUUCUACUCCUCCCUCUCCGCCCACACCACACUCACUCGGUGUGUGUGCGAGAGAGAGGAAGGAGAUGAGCUAGCCAGCCCAGAAGCCACAAUUAAUUCCCUACAAUUCACUAGUCCUCCCCCCUCUCGAUUGCUCCACACAGUUCUACAGCCAACCACCUGCUGCACAUACAGAUUUUGCCUUCCUUUGCUGGCUUGGUACCCAGCCGGACAAUUUGAGAGCGCGCGUUCAAGGCGGUGGUGCAGUGGUGUCAUCAUCCAUGCAGCAGCAGCAGCAGCGGCACCAGGGUGGCGCGUCUCAGUACGGGGCGCCGGCGCCGGCGGACAUGGGGCCGUUCUCCGCGCAGCAGGCUCCGGGCCCGGUGCCGCUGAGCGUCCGGCCGCCGCCACCGACGCAGCAGCAGCAGCAGCAGAACUCGCAGCCGAGCUACGAUGAAUUGGCCGGCGCGUCGGGCGCCGGCGGAAGCGGCUUUCCCGACGACGACAUGCUGGGCGACUCCGGCGGGCACAGCGGCGGCGGGCUGGGGUCGGGCGGCAACCGGUGGCCGCGGGAGGAGACGCUGGCCCUCAUCAGGAUCCGGUCGGAGAUGGACACCACCUUCCGCGACGCCACCCUCAAGGGCCCCCUCUGGGAGGAGGUCUCCAGGAAGCUUGCGGAGCUGGGCUACAAGAGGAGCGCCAAGAAGUGCAAGGAGAAGUUCGAGAACGUGCACAAGUACUACAAGCGCACCAAGGAGGGCCGGGCCGGCAGGCAGGACGGCAAGAGCUACCGCUUCUUCCAGGAACUCGAGGCGCUGCACGCCGCCACCGCCGCCGCGCAGCAGCAGCAGCAGGACCACUUGCCGCUGGUCGUCACUGCCGCCCCCCCGCCGCAGAUGCACGCCUUCUCCGCGCCGCAGCCGAUGAGCGCAAUGCCGCCGCCGCCGGGGCCGAUGCAGCCGGCCCCUAUAUCUUCGGCCGCCCCUGCGCCGGCCGUGGAGCCUCCCCAGCCGCCGCCUGUCAGCCUGCAAGGCUUGAGCUUCCCGUCCAUGUCCGACUCUGAGUCGGACGACGACGACGACUCCGAGGACGACGACAUGACGGCCGAGACCGGCGGCAGCCCGGAUGGCCUCGGCAAGCGCAAGCGCGGCGGCGGCGGCAGCAAGAAGAUGAUGGCUUUCUUCGAGGGCCUGAUGAAGCAGGUCGUACAGAGGCAGGAGGAGAUGCAGCAGCGGUUCCUGGAGACCAUGGAGAAGAGGGAGGCCGAGCGCACGGCGCGGGAGGAGGCCUGGCGCCGGCAGGAGGUGGCCCGGCUUAACCGCGAGCAGGAGCAGCUCGCCCAAGAGCGCGCAGCGGCGGCCUCCCGCGACGCCUCCAUCAUCGCCUUCCUCCAGCGCAUCGGUGGGCAGACCGUGCAUGUCCCACCCGUCGUCAUGCCCAUGCCAACGCCGAUGCAGGUCCAGACCCCGCCGCCGCCAAAGAAACCUCGACAGCACCUCCCACCCCCGCCGCCGUCACAGGCUACACAGCAGCCGCAGCCGCAGCCUCAGCCCAUCCCAGCUGCGCCCCUCCAACAGCAACCGCCGCCGCAACCACCGCAGCACAAGGAAACGACGCGCGAAGAGGUCGGGACGCCCCGCAGCGCACCGGCCCCGACUUCUGCCGGCUUAUCACUCGCGCUGGUUCCCGUCGCCACGGAGCAGCACGUCGUCGAGGCCGCUGGUCUGGGAGGAGGGGAGAGCGGAGGGGGGCCGUCGUCGUCACGGUGGCCCAAGACGGAGGUGCACGCGCUUAUCCAGCUCCGCAUGGACAUGGACAAUCGCUACCAGGAGAACGGACCAAAGGGCCCGCUGUGGGAGGAGAUCUCCGCCGGGAUGCGGCGGCUGGGUUACAGCCGCAACUCCAAACGGUGCAAGGAGAAGUGGGAGAACAUCAACAAGUACUUCAAGAAGGUGAAGGAGAGCAACAAGAGGCGGCCGGAGGACUCCAAGACAUGCCCGUACUUCCACCAGCUCGAGGCCAUCUACCGCAAGAAGCACAACGGCGGCGGCAGCAGCGGCGCCGCGGCCAACAACGCCGUCGUGUCUGUCCCUGCCGUCGCGGAGCAUCAGAACCUGAACCGGCACGAGAUCGAGAUCGAGGGGAAGAAGAUCAACGACACCGACAAGAGGAACAACGGAGGAGUCGGAGCCGCGCAGGUGCCGACAAGCAACGGGCAGACAACGCCGACGAUGGCCACGUUCGACCUGGGCGUAAAAAAGAAGACGCUGUGAGGGAGCUGAACGAGCAGCCGCACCGGGAGUUCACGACGGACGAGACCGACAGCGACGACAUGGGCGAUGACUACACUGACGACGGCGAGGACGGCGAGGACGACGGCAAAAUGCAGUACAGGAUACAGUUCCAGAGGCCAAACCCGGUCGGCACCAACAAUGCGCCUCCACCGCCAACCACCGCGGCGACAGCAGCGCCGACAUCGACCCCCGCGAGCUCCUUCCUCGCCAUGGUUCAGUAGGCGCUCAGCACCAUGGAUCAUCAGCAUACUUCCAGUUCCAGGCAGACAAUAACCUCGAAGCAUCACCAUCAUUCACCAUCACCGAGUCACCGUUCCAUGCGUCACCUCCUCGAGUCGAUCAUCGCCAUCACAUCGCACCAUCACCGACGACGACUGUUCCUUUUCACCUUGUAAUUCCUCUCGUGCCAUUCCAUUAUUUAUUGAUUCGUUCUGUGUAAUAAGAGCCUCUCUUCUGUCCCCUAAACCGGCCAAGGAGGCAGAGGGGGUGGCCGGUAGAGCAAGCAAGUCCCUGCGUAACAUAGGUGUUCAUCGUCGUGUUAAGGCCAAGAAUUGUACAUCGAUGUAAGAGUCCUGAUGUCUGUUUCUUCUUCUUCUUCUUCUUCUUUCGGCGGUAUACAGGUUUGUAUACAGGUAUACAUGAAUUACAUACAUUUCAAGCAA